UACCGCCAUUUCUCUCCACCACAUAAGCAAAUUUUCUCUCAGAGAUAUUUCUUAUGGUAUUUAUAUCUAUUUUGAAUAAUUGCUAAUGUACUCACUAGAUAAUUCGUCACAAUAUUUAAAUAAAUAAACAUCGUGAAGGGAAUUAAUUUGAUAAUAAGUGAAUUCAUGUGCUUCGGGAACAGAAAGGAAUUUAUUGUAUGAAUCGAUUGGAAUAAUCCAAAGGGAAUAACUUUUCUGUUGAGGCACAAAUAAUUUUUUAUCAACAUCUAAUUUGAUUGUCAACAUGGUAAAAGCUCCAAUGGAAGUCUAUCGGCAAACAUUGGCUGGAUAUAUUCAUGAUGAUGAUAAAUUUGUGACAUAUAAAUGGUUGAGCAAAGAGCUGGAAGUCCACGUAAACACAGCGAAAGAAAUCCUAGCAGAUUACUGGGAGAAGCACAAGGAUGAUGGAAUUGUGGCCACCGUGAUGCUAAUCGGCAAUCUAAAGGAUGGAGGAAUUCGAGUGGAAGUUGUCAGAGCGUCUGAUCUUGAAGAAGCCACCAAGAAGUACGAAAAGAUUAUCUCGCAGCACUUAUACAGUCUCCAGAAGACUCUGCCUGAUAUUCAAUCCCUGGUGAAUGCUGGAAAAGGUGACGUCAAAUUUUCAGCAAUAAAGUGCAAGGACAGCACGAUCCUCAGUGAUGAGGAGCUAUUUUCAAGGAGAUGGGGGGCUUCACUUCGAUAUCAAGCUCCCUUCGAUGAGAAAAAUCAACCCCCUCCCCCUCCCGCCAAGGUGAAAGAACCAGUAAAUCCGUUGAAGAAAGCAUUUGCUAAUUCUAAACCGGCAGAAGAGAAAGAAAAAGAUGAGGAAAAAGAGAAGCAGAAAGAUACCAACAAAGCUGAGAAUAAAACUGAAGCUAAAAAGGUCUCUCCUCCAGGUAAAUCUGGAGAUAAGAAAGGAACAAUUUCCAAAAAACCCGUCCAGUCCACUCAGAAAGGAUUCAGUGAUCUUUUCGGAAAAGUUCAAAAUCAGAAAAAAUCACCGCCAUCAACUUCAAGUGGAACCAAACCAUAUGACGUUACAAAAACUCCGCCGCAAGAAAAUUCAAAAAGCAAGGAUGAAAGUCCAAUGGAUGUAGAUGUUGAAAUUAUUGAAGGAAAAUCUUCUCAACAGUCCAAAAACGAGAAAUCAACAAUAGCUGAAGACGAGUCACCAGAACUUGUUGAGAGUCCAUUGGCUUCCUCCAACGGUGAGCCGAAGAAAUCAUCACCUUUGGAAACCAAAAAAAUUGAAAAGAAAUCGUCACCUCCAGAAGUGAAAAAAUCGUCAGCAAAUGGUUCUACAAAACCAGAGAAAUCUAAGAAGUCGACUCGGGGCAAAAAACGUGAAAGAAGUCAAGAUUCUCAUAAUGACUCAAAGAAACGAAAACGAAUUGUUGUGGUUUCUGACUCGAGUGAGGAUUCUGAACCCGAGGAGGACCCCGAUCCUUUUGGGUCUUCAAUAACAGAGGAACCAGUAGAAAAAGUGAAAUCCCCAUCGCCUCCACCAGUGCAGAGAAUCACAGGAAAGAGGACAGUUCGAAAAUUCGUGGACAAACAUUUUGUCGAUGAGGAUGGCUUCAUGGUCACGAAGAAGGUCCAGAUCGUAGAAAGUUGUUCUGAGGAUGAUGAAACUCCUGAGCCUCCUAAGGAGAAGAAACCGAGUCCCCCGAAGACCUCAGAAAUCUCUAAAGCCAAGAAGAAUACUAAACAACCGUCGAUAACCAAUUUUUUCAAAAAAUCGUAAAUUUCUUUUCGAAAUUGGAAUUGAAGUUGUAAAACGUAACAAGUCGAUACUUCCCAUCUUUUCUGUAGAAUGAAGAAAAUUAUUUUGAGAAGAAGUGAUUUCACUUGCUUCAUAAACGAAUAAUUAAUAAAAAUAUUAAAUACGACCAUUACGUUCUACUAUUUCACAACAAGGAUAUUUUCUAAAUAUCGUAUCCAUAUUUUGUAUCCUGGUAUUGCCAAUCAUUUGCUUUUGUAAUCUAUUGUAAGAGAGUUGUUUUUCUUUUUUUACCUUUCGACAUAAGAAGUUAUGAUUCUUGAUGGAGAUAACUAAUCAGUUCUUGAAUAAACUUGGAUAUUCUAAGUUUAUAAAUUUUCUUUAUGACCUUAUUUUUUUUUAUUUGAGGAUCUGAGUCAUAGGAGAACAAGCGUUUCGUUGGAGAGAUAGCCAUCAGAUUAUAGGCUUCGAUCUGCAGUACUGUGACGCAGCGAUAAACCGUUAUCAGGAGUUGAUACCUUUUCAGAAAGGGAACAUUAUCAUUUUGGAGGUAAUUCUCGUGCAUCGAGUGUUGAAAAAGUGUCAGAAUUUUGGGGUUCUUGAU